AUGACAAAUCUCAAGGUUUUGGUUUCUUCAAAUGAUUUCCCCGACAGCGGAUUGCAGAUUCUACGAGAACAUUUCACUGUCGUCCAGAGUCCAUACUCUCACUUCGGCGAAGAAGGGGCGACACAAAACAAAGAAGAACUCCUGAAACUUAUUCCUGGAAGCUCGGCGCUAGUGUGGGUGACACACCAUCCGCUUACGAAGGAGCUCUUAGAUAAAGCUGGACCCCAGUUGAAGAUAGUAGCGACAGCUUCUGCUGGCUACAACCACGCCAAUGUGGAAGAACUGAAGGCCAGAGGUAUCAAGCUGUCCAACACUCCAAACGUGUUGAGCUCAGCAGUUGCCGAGAUCGCGGUCAGCCUGAUGCUGGCAACUGCUAGGCGGUUCACUGAAAACCUGGAUCAAGUGCGCAGAGGUGAAUGGGAGGCCGGUUUUGUAAAGGUUCUGGGUCAAGACAUUCGAGGCAGUACAGUCGGUGUGAUAGGUCUCGGUGGUAUCGGUCAAGCUGUCGUGAAGCGUCUAGCGGGAUUCGAAGUCGCCAAGUUCCUGUAUACUGGCCACAGGGAGAAGCCCGAAGCAAAAGCUUUAGGUGCGGAGUUCGUGAACCUCGAUGACCUAUUGACGAAGAGUGACUUCAUCUUGCUGGCCGUCCCGCUGACGUCCGAGACGAGGCACAUGAUCAACAGCACCACGCUCGGGAAGAUGAAGUCGAACGCCAUUCUGAUUAACGUCGGCAGAGGCGAUCUGGUAGACCAGGAAGCGCUCUAUGACGCUCUUAAGAGUAAGAAGAUAUACGCUGCUGGACUCGACGUCACCACUCCAGAACCGCUUCCCAAGGACCACAAACUGCUAACACUGCCUAACAUUUUCGUCCUACCGCACAUCGGCAGCGCGACGGUGCGGACGCGCAACGAUAUGGCGGUGCUUACUUCGAACAACGUCGUCAACGCACUCACUGGCAAACCACUCAUUACGCCCAUUCUAGAAUAA